CACACACUCGCACGUAAAACAGCAAAGUUGUGAGUGGAACAAUCGGCUCGCUAGGCUAACAUGGAGCUGCUUAGGCUAAGCUAGCCACUCACAUAGUUGCCGCUAUGCUUGUUGCCAAUUAUUCUGCUCAUUUCAGUAUUCGCAAUAAAACACAAGAUUGUGAACUUGUUUCCCUGGGUAGUUGUGACACAUUUCUUUUUCACAACCGCCGUGUUCCCACUGGUUAGCAACGUCAACAAUGUUACUAGCGGUAGCCAAGCUACACAGCAGCCUGCCACGGUUCUUGCCGAGCAGCAAUGAGUGAACUCGGUCAGCCUGAGAGACGCCUCGCUUUGCCCGACUGGAUUAGUAUGGACCUCUGCCGCUCUCGAGCUUCCUAAGGUGCCCGUGUUCUGCUGCAGUGGAGAGAGCAUCAGGAUGCGGAGACUGUAGGCACCCGCCGUAGUAUGGCCACGUCCCGUUCCUCACGCGUCACAAGGUCAUCAGUAGGGCUCAAUGGAUUGGAUGAAAACUUUUGUGGUCGAACUCUCAGGAACCGCAGCAUCGCCCAGCUUGAGGAGACUUCGGUGUCUCCGCUGCCCAGGGCCCGCUCGCCCAAGAAAAAGCAGGACUCCAAGCAGGACUCUAAGAAGGACGAAAGGCAGGAGUCCAAGCAUAAGGCCAAGCAAGAUGCUAAAGAGGACACUGACAGUGACUCAAAGCAGGACUCUCAGCAGCAGAUGUCAUUGCAGGGAAGGCUAAAGGACUCAAAGGACUCUAAUUCCUCCACAGCGAGUGAGCAGCAGCUGUCAGCACCUUCCAGGAAACGGAGUGGGUCCUGUCUGGAAAAGGACAAUAGCCUGGAGAAGCCGGAACAUUGCGACAAAGGGAAGGGGGCGUCGGAUGCUUCUCCUUUAAUCAAAAGGGCCAAGCGGCGUUCCCGCUCCGGAGAGCCUCAGGGACACGAUGAGGAUGCAGAGAAGCCUGAUAGUCCUGUCUCUGCUCCAGAGCCUCACCAGGGCAACAGUUGUGAUGACAUUCCCAGCCUGAACUCUAACGUGGCUCCCGCCUCGCCUGUCCUCAGUCAAGAGGAAGGAGAGCUGGCAGAGACUAGGGCCAAAGAUGGCCGCCUGGAGUGUGAUGGGGCCUUGCAGCCCACCAGUGCUCACAAGGCCUCUAAUGGGCUGGGCGACAGUACAGCAGAGGAACCUACUGAGGAACCGUGUACGAGUCCCACCAGCUGCCCCGCGCUGCUCAAUGGCAGCCAGGUUGGGGCCCCAUCGCCCCCCCACCCCACGGUGCCUUGUACGAACUCUUGUCCUGUGCAUAUAGAGGUCGCUAGCUCAGAGGACUCAUUGACACUGGUCCAGGCCGCUGCAGGGGACCACCUCCCAGAGCUUAUUGUGGCCAAGGAGCAAGGGGUGGAGGACAUGGAGGUGGAUUUGGUGGGCGACCCUCUGUGCUUGGCCGGCGAGGAGCAGGUGACGGAGGGCGAGUGCGACACCAACGGCCACCUGCUCACACCGGAGCCGGAUGCCGUCACCUCGCCCUCCUCGGCCACCGACGCCAACUGUUGUUCAGCCUACAACAGCAACUCAGGAGAAACUACGCCCCCUCUGCCACCAACUCCACCGCCGCCACUCCCAGAGCCGGGGUGGGACUCGUCUGUGCCCAGCACACCCCCGCCUUUCACGGAGCUGUACGAACACAGAUACACACUGCGGACUUCGCCCAGGAGGGUCGUCACUGGCGACAAGACGACCUCUUCCAAGGCCAGCUCUUCACCUCUCCCAGACAAUGGCCCCCUCAGGGAGGAGGUGGUGGAGGGCAUGGAGGAGGGCUGCCGCACAGUGGUAAAACCCACUCCAUCAGACUCUGUUUUUCCCCUAAAGGAGGAGCUGGGCUGCGCAGGUCUAGGACAUGAGACUUGUGGUGAGGACGGCGGUCCAGUGGGGGGCAAAGACGUCAAUGCUGGCAAGGAAGUGACAUGUGGCCACACAGCUGACGAGGAUGAGGACGAGGAGGAGGAGGAGCCUGAUGUGUACUAUUUUGAAUCUGACCACCUGGCUCUUAAACACAACAAAGAUUACCAGAGGUUGCUGCAGACCAUUGGUGUCCUGGAGGCCCAGCGAACACAGGCCAUCCUGGACCUGGAGACCUUGGCACGGCACCAAAGAGAGGCCCUAUCUGACCCUAUCAACUUUGUAGAGCAGCUGCAGAAACGGGUAAAUCUGGGCCUGCCGUAUCCUCAGCGAGUGGUUCAGCUCCCCGACAUCUCGUGGGAACAGUACACCUCCGGCCUGGGGGAUUUUGCACGGGAAUUCUGCGACAAGAAGCGUAAAACCAGGCGACUAAAGCUUAUUUUUGACAAAGGCUUGCCUGCCCGACCAGAAAGUCCGGUGGAGCCCAAGAAGGAGUCCGACUCCUCCGCCAUGUACUCCUCACUGCCCACUAGUGACGGCCCAGAUAAUGGCAGGCAGAUGCAGAUGAUCAGGGGGAGGAUCUGCCACCCAAACAAGCCUGACACAUUUAACCAGCUGUGGACUGUGGAGGAGCAGAAAAAACUGGAGCAGCUCCUACUGAAGUUCCCACCAGAAGAAGUGGAGUCCAGAAGAUGGCAGAAGAUUGCAGACGAGUUGGGCAAUCGGACAGCGAAACAGGUUGCCAGCAGGGUGCAGAAGUACUUCAUCAAACUGACAAAAGCUGGAAUCCCAGUGCCUGGAAGGACCCCCAACCUGUGCAUGUACACUAAAAAGGCGUCCAACAAGAGGCAGCACCACCUGAACAAGCACCUCUACCGCCCCUCCACAUUCCUCACCUCCUACGAGCCCCCUGUCUUCAUGGACGACGAGGAUGAGCGCUCGGCGUAUUACAGCAGCAUGCAGGACCCGUCUGCUGACGACUCGGACGAUGAGGGUGUCCCAGCGGAGGUGAGAAACCUGCCCGAGUACAAGGAACUGUUGGAGCUGAAGCGGCUGAAGAAGCAAAAGAUCCAGGAGAUCCAUGAGGACAAAGCGGCCGUGCGACAUGUUGGCUACAAGUGUGACAUGUGCGGUAUGGAGCCCAUCCAGGGGGUGCGAUGGCACUGUCAGGAUUGUCCACAGGACAGCUCGCUGGAUUUCUGCUCCAACUGCUCUGAUUGCUUGUUAAAGACGGAGACCCACAAGCCCAACCACCACUUGGAACCAGUGUACCAGGUGGACACCUUCCUGGACCGAGACUACUGCCUGCCGCAGAGCACAAGCUACAACUACCUGGACCCCAACUACUUCCCGGCCAAUAGAUGACAGAGUGGCAGGCGCCCGUAGCUCCAGGCUAUCUCCACGUGUCCCACAGGCGACUCUGUGCAUGGCUCCAUCGUCCAAGUCCAAGACAAGCGCUUUAUCCCGCCGUCAAGGCUGCAACGCCGGCAGGCGGUGAAGGCGGUGCAGGCAGGCAGGCAGGCAGCGGCCUCAGAGCGGACCACAGUGCCGCCGCUGCUGCUGCUGUUGGGGGGUCCGUGACGGUCCUCCACCUCCUGCUCCACCUCAGCCAGGUUAAUCAACAGAUCUGUGAUUUGAAAACACUAUUUUAAAGACAAAAAUUAACUGAAGGCACGCCAACAUUCCCGACUCCAGGAAGGCUUUUUUUUUCCUCCUCCGUUGUCGCCCGCGCUCACCCCCACAUGCUGCUGUCAUCGUGGACCGUGAACGUCAUCGAGUGUUUGCUAACUCACUCGCUAAUCGUGUCACACCUCACAUUUCAAACGCCUGCUUCCUCUUCCUCGUCUUCUUCCCGUCGUCCUCACAGUCUCUCAAGUCUCUCAAGUCUCAAAGGACGUUUCAAUCCAUCUUCUUGUUUCUCUUUCAUUGUGUUGGAUCACAUGAAGUGUUUAUGGUGACCCGUAGUUGGCGCUAGCUGUUGUGUACCAUUUGAGGAAAAAAACAACAACAUUGUUUUGUCACAUCUUUCAUUCAGCGGUCCACUUGGAAAAGAUUGUAUUUUUAUUCAUCUAUUUAAAAAAGAUUUGAGGUGGCACUCACUGCCUCGACAGUGGAACUGCGCUCAUUUUUACACAUACACACACUCACUCAGAUUCAGUUUGUGCUUGACUAGACACAUCUUCACCUCUUCAACACCUGCUUCAGUAUCCGUGUGUACGUCUGUUCUUAUGUAAAGAAAAACCUUAACAAUGUACUAAAUGCUAGAGGAGAAAAUAAAAGUAUGUGAAAAUAGUCUUUCUACACCUCUGAC